AUGCCAAAGGAGCGCGCCCGUAGAGAGAAGUCGCUUCAUCAGCCUGGAUCGCUGCUGUGCAAGUAUCCCUCCCGCUGCAACAAUGAGAGGGCGAUUAAGGCAAAUGGAGGGCGGCACUGGCUUUUCGAUGAACAUCGUCAUCAUCAGAACGCUCUUCAGCGCGAUCGCUAUCGCAGAGCAGCCGCGAAGAAGAAGAGCUCAUGCAAGGAUGCAUCCACUACUAGGGCUACAGUUUCGGAGCCAGGACUGGAUCAAAUUAAAAGGGAAACUAUCAGUCAAUUACCAGAUCGAGCAAGCUCACUCGCUUCGUGCCAAAAUCCAGCUUCACUGAAAGCUUUAGAAAAUAAGCUCUUUUCCCGCAGCGAUGGGGAUGAAUCCGACGCAAUGCGUGUGGAUGCACUUGCGAGGAGCUGUAGCCCUGCCACCGGAAACUGCGUAGGUGAAGUGGAUCGAAUCGCGAGUGCGGACAUUACGCAAGGUGCGAGUUUUCCAGUACAACUGCAACAUUCUUCGUAUGCUGCUCCGGUGCAGCACACUCCGUUGAUGUACGUUUUGGUACAGGCCAUUCCUUUGGCAUCGAGCGCCUCGUCGCAGGUGUACCCUGCUUCGGCGCCUUCAGCGGGCUACUUUACCGCUCCUCAAGCUACAUUGAACCCACUUGUUGUAGCCCAUGGCGAUGCUCGCUCUGCCGAAGCACUGACAUAA